AUGCACCUGCAGAUGGAGAGACUCUCACAGAUGACCCGAAACGUUCAACUUUCUUACAGAGUGAUGAUCGUCAGUGGUGGUGCUUUGGCUCUUGGCAUAGGCUACGUCGUCAUCAACUGGACGAUUCUACGCUCACAUGUCUCGCAGGAGUCAGCGGAGGUGGUCUCGCAGACCAUGCGGGACGCGCAGGUGCAGUUCACAGCUUCGCAGUUCUCGAAGGAGCUCCUCAACCAGUUGCUGCAUGAUGAAGAGAUCGCCAAAACUGUGGCGUCCUGGACUCUGCGGCUUCUGGCCUCUAUCCAGGAAGAGAUCGGAGCCCUCUUCGUGCACAUCCUUCAACAGGACCAGGUUGUGGAUGAAGUCAACCGGCUGGCAGACAAGCUCGUGGCAUAUCUCUGCGCCAGCGAGUCCAUACAGGACCCGGCAUUUCCAUUUCAGGUGCCUUUUCGUGACCUGUGCUGUGCGCCUUUUCGGCACGUGCCUAAUUACAGCUUGGUGUCGAUUUGCUGGCUUGUUGUGAGUUUCUGA